UUAAAAUCUCCACCGAGAAACUAGGUUUUCCUAGAUCGUUUCUUGAGGUGGUUAAGGGAGGGACGGAGCGGGGGCAGGGAGGGCAGCGGCAACGCCGUCCACCGCCAGGGAAGAAGCCUGCUCCUCAAGAUGGGAAGAUAACGGCCCCGCUGGCCGGAGGUGCUGCUACGUUGGCAGGUGCUGCCAAGCCGGGGCAGCAUCCUCCCAAGCAGGCGGCGCGUGGGAUCCAGCAGCAGCAAGUGGCCGAUACAGCAGUCCCAGCUCCACCUCCUCCUCCUGCUGCUACAAUUCAGGCGCUGGAUCCAAGGUACAAGGAUAUGAGCUGCUUUAACUGUAGUUGGCCGGGGCACUAUGUGGGGAACUGCAUUGAGCCGAAGAAGUGCUUUAUCUGCGCGGGAGGUCAUAAUGUCAACAACUGCGCUGCCUGGGCAAAGCCACAUCCUACAGCGACCUACUUUGGUAGCGCAGUGGCUGGCCUGGGGUUUUACCAUAUUGAUGUACCCACUGCUUCAGAACUAAGUUGGCUUAACUACAAAAAUUGUGCAGCUCUCAAAGUGGUUAAGGGUGAGGUUUCUGCCUCAGAGUUGCCGAUUCAGCUCAAUGGAAUUUUUUUGCAAAAACAAAGAGUGGCCUUGACAGAUUAGGGACUUGGGAGAGAAGAAAUUCUUGGUGAGAUUUCCACCUUGGAAAAAUGUUGAAGACCUAAUUGAGUUUCUUGCAUUCGAGCUCCCAAUUGAUGGUAUCUCUGUCAAGAUCUGCGAAUGGGUGGGAAUGCUAGAUGAAUUUGGAGGACUUACUGAGGCCUGGGUUCAAAUUGAGGGGAUUCCUCCAAAGUGGUGUGCAUGGAAGGUGCUUGCCCAGAUUACAGCUUGCUUUGGGAUCCUGGUAGAUGUGGACUGGAAUGGUAUAUUUAAGAGCUUCUAUGAGAAUAUCAGAGUGAAAGUGGCUUGUAGAGACCCCAGGAAAAUUCCAUUUGAGAGAUUAGUUGAAAUGAAAAGGAAGUUAUACAUUCUGUUCUUCACUGUUGAAGGGUUUGAACAAAUGGGAGAGGACUCUGAUGGAGAUGAUCUGGACCCAGAUUUGGAUAAUAUGGAGAAAGAGGAUGAAGAAAACAAUGAAGACAUGUCUAACAAGGAUAAAUCUCAAGGAGAAGACAUGGGAGAACCUAUUGAUGAGCUGGACAAGGCAAAUUUCCCUUCCAAAAAUACUCUGGCUGCAAAUUCCAGUCAGUCAAACUCACAGAAAGAUGCUUCUGCAGUGGAAUUCCACCCUCCCCACAUGCUGGAUACAAUUCAUGAGGAUUUUGUGGAAGAAAUUAGGAGCAAAACCCCUGAGAAGAAUAAGGAAGCAGAUAAUGAAAAAACCACUCCUGCAAAACCAUUUCCUUUUGAAAGAUCUGAUUCCAUGUCAGCACAUCUGGAAUAUUGCUCUGAACAACUAAGUAGGUUUGAAAUGGUUGAGACUGAUGAAGAGGAGGAAGAUUUGGUGGAAGAGAUGCAGUGUCUCCCUGAGGAUUUAGCUCUGGCAAUGGGAUCUGUUAAGAGAUCUCUACUGGAAACUCUGGAUAGUGUGGAAUCGGUGCAGAAGAAAAAACGAAGUGUAAAAAAUUCUCCUGUCUGGGGGCCAGUGCUCACAAGCAAACCAAUAACUAGGAAUCAUGGAGACAUUAAGAUCAUGGACAAAGCAGCUGCAUAUAUGAAGAUGACGAAUUUGGAAAUUCCCACUACUUUCAAAGGGGCAGAAAUGGAGAAACGUGAACUGCAUUCUUGCAAAACUAAGCUGUUAUUUGCACCAGUGGAAGGUUCUCUACGACGAUGCUCAAGCAACCCUGCUGCAAAGGUGCAUUCUUCUGUUGGACAAGCGACGUGGAGAACUGAUGCGGAUCGCCUGGAAGUGAGGUGUGGGAGGGGAGCAUGAGGGGAGCGACCAGUGAAAAAAUCUAUCGUUGUUCCCUUUCCUUCUGAUGUGGCUUUGUAAUAAUAAGUACCUAGAUUUCGUUCCUGUUAUUUUGGAGAGAACUUCUGCUCUCGAACUUUAGGUAGCCUAGUCUCCUGGAGAGUAGUUUUAUUCCCUACUUAGGCGCGGUGAAAACUGGUUGUGGCUGCUUUAUCUGGUUCGAUCUAUAA